UCCUCCUUCCGGCCUCCACUCUACUUCUCCCAUGGCUAUACAAAGCUUCAAAUCUUGAAUUCUGGGUUUCAGAAACCCUAAUCAAGAAUUUGUCGAGGCAGUUCGAAGUAAUGGAAGACACCGAAGGAGGUCUCAGUUUCGACUUCGAAGGCGGCUUAGAUAACAGUUCUGUCAAUCCCGCUGCUUCUGCACCUUUGAUCCCCACUGACCACUCUAAUGCCGCUGUCCCUGUUGUUCCAACCGCUGCAGAGCCAGUCUCUGGAGGUCUCCCUGGACGGCGAAGUUUCCGACAGACAGUAUGUCGGCACUGGCUUCGAAGCCUUUGUAUGAAGGGCGAUGCCUGUGGCUUCCUUCACCAGUACGACAAGGCACGGAUGCCUAUAUGUCGAUUCUUCCGAAUGUAUGGAGAGUGUCGCGAGCAAGAUUGUGUUUUUAAACACACCAACGACGACAUCAAGGAGUGUAACAUGUACAAAUUAGGUUUUUGUCCAAAUGGUCCUGACUGCCGGUAUAGGCAUGUGAAAAAAGAUGGACCUCCACCUCCUGUGGAAGAAGUUUUUCGGCAACUUCAGAGUAUGAGUUCAUUCAAUUAUGGCUCAAACAGAUUUUAUCAACACCGUGGUGCUGGUUAUAACCAACAAAUGGAAAGACCUCAGUUUCAACCAGGUUCGACCCCUGUCAAUCAAGGUGUUGCUGUAAAACCAUCUAUGACUGCUGACUCUGCCGUUGUGCAGCAACAGCAGCCACAAGCUCAGUCUCAGCAGCAGCAGGUUAGCCAGACUCAGACACAGAAUCUUCCUAAUGGUGUGCCUAUUCAGGCCAAUAGAACUGCUAUACCGCUUCCUCAAGGUCCAUCUAGGUAUUUCAUUGUUAAAAGUUGCAAUCGCGAAAAUUUGGAAUUAUCUGUGCAACAAGGAGUGUGGGCAACUCAAAGGAGCAAUGAGGCUAAAUUAAAUGAAGCUUUUGACUCGGUGGAGAAUGUGAUUUUGAUAUUUUCUGUCAAUCGAACACGCCAUUUCCAGGGAUGUGCGAAGAUGACAUCUAAAAUUGGUGGAUUUGUUGGAGGGGGAAACUGGAAACAUGCACAUGGUACUGCACAUUAUGGGCGGAAUUUCUCAGUGAAAUGGUUGAAGCUAUGUGAGUUGUCCUUUGACAAAACUCGCCAUUUGAGGAAUCCAUACAAUGAAAACCUUCCAGUAAAGAUAAGCAGAGAUUGCCAGGAAUUAGAGCACUCUAUUGGUGAACAGUUGGCUUCCCUACUCUAUCUUGAACCAGAUAGUGAGCUCAUGGCAAUUUCAAUUGCAGCAGAAUUGAAACGGGAGGAGGAAAAAGCAAAGGGAGUCAAUCCAGAAAAUGGGGUAGAAAACCCGGACAUUGUACCUUUUGAAGAUAACGAAGAGGAGGAAGAGGAAGAAAGUGAGGAAGAAGAGGAAAGCUUUGGUCAAACUCUUGGUGCAUCCCAGGGCAGAGGAAGAGGUAGAGGACUAAUGUGGCCCCCACAUAUGCCUCUCGGACGCGGAGCAAGACCGAUUCCCGGGGUUCGGGGCUUCCCUCCUGUCAUGAUGGGCACUGAUGGGUUUACUUAUGGUGCUGUUACUCCUGAUGGAUUUGCCAUGCCAGAUCUUAUGGGUCCACGUGCCUUCGCACCUUAUGGCCCAAGGUUUUCUGGGGAUUUCACUGGCUUGGGUCAGAAUUCAGCAAUGAGCUUCACACCUAUGGAUGGAACAGGCCCCACUUCAGGCAUGGCUUUUCGUGGACGCCCUUCCCGACCUGGAGCUGUCUUUCCUGCAAAUGGGCUUGGAAUGAUGAUGGGCUCUGUAAGGCCCCCAUUUAUGGGUUCAAUGGGAAUGUCUGGCGCAGCACCAGUUCGAGGCAAUCGGCCAAUGGGUAUGCCUCCAUUCCGUCCUCCAGUGCUACCUCCACCUUCACAGAACAAUAGGGUUGUACAGAGAGAUCAGAGGAGACUAGCAAAUGACAGGAAUGACAGAUACAGUGCAGGUUCGGACCAGGGCAAGGGUCAGGAGGUGGUGGGUCCUAGUGGUGGACCAGACGAGGAGAUGAAGCAUCAGCCAAGCCUUAGGGCCCAACAUGAGGAUUCUUUUGGAGCAGGGAACAGCUUUAGAAAUGAUGAAAGUGAGAGUGAGGAUGAAGCACCAAGGCGGUCAAGGCAUGGGGAGGGAAGGAAGAGGCGGUGAGUCCCAGAAAUGGACACCCCUGCGUUGGAUCAAUGGGAGACACCAGUGGCCGAAUAACAGAACCAACAAGACUACCGACCCAUAAAAACAAUUUCAACCCACAUUGUGUGACCAACCUUUCCCCCCAGACUCUUAACUUAGGUAUUAGAAAUUCGAUUCUUAUGACUUGUUUGGGGGUUGGGGGGG